UAAGACGAAGGUGCAAACUUGCGCAAAUAGUACAAGUGAACGGUCCACAAAAUCCGUGGAUGGGCAAAUAAGCACUUUAAUUUACAAACGAGUAAAAAAAACAGUACACAAAACAACAACAAAGUUAUCAACGGAAAAUUAGGACACAGACAAAAUGCACUUUCAAUUGCCUGCAACCACAAUUUCUUUGCUGCUCUUCACUGUCACACUCACCACCCUACUGCUGCUGCCCACACCCACAUUGGCGCGACAUGAUGUGCACGAUGACCCUGCUGACGUAACCGCCGACACCGCUGAACCUGACAGCUACGGUAACAGCAAUAGCAACAAAUAUGUCAGCAAAUGUGAUAAGAAUCCACUCUCCGCACUCACCUUCCAGCUGAGCGGCAACAACCUGCGCUGGCCUUGCGAGUCCACCAAGAAUAUUUACGUUCAAUCGGGCCGCUAUGUACCACGUAAUGUGAUCGUUACGCGCGCCCAAUUGCGACGUGAUGACGCCUUUGUCGCUUUGCCACGCUACAAACAGGGUGUGCCGUUCACAUUGGGUCGCGUGCAAUUGAAAAAGGGUCAGUGCAUAGCGAAGAUAGCUCCGUACCCGUGUUGGGCCAUACAGGAGGAGGGCAAUUGUCAAGCGCUGCAGUCCGUUGUGGAUAUCGCUGUGGAUCCAAAUGGUCUGCUCUGGGCAUUAGAUGUUGGUCUUGUGAACACUUUAGAACAACCCAUACGCCGAUGUGGACCAAAAAUUGUUGCAAUCAAUACAGCCGAUAAUAAAGUAGUAAAAAGCAUCGAUCUCAAAGAUCUGGUCACUGCCGAGUCUCGUUUGCAAUUCAUAGUAGUGGACUAUUCAAGGGAUAAGAAGCCUUUUGUUUAUGUCGCCGAUGCUGGUGCACGCAGUAUACUGGUAUAUGAUAUCGCCUACAGCAAGUCAUAUCGCAUUGUUUUACCCAAAGCAACUGCACCGACCACAGACGUACUCUAUAUGGCGCUCACCUCCGCACCCGAUGGCACUUCGACACUCUUCUUCACAUACCUCAGUUCACCACGUCUUUACUCCAUACGUGGUCAGUAUUUACGUGUUGGACAAGGUGCCGGUUCUAUAGUGGAUGUCGGUGCGAAGCCGUAUGGCAAGCAAAUGGUUUUACUUGGCGCAGAUGGUGGCACGAAUUUAUUCUUCCGUUAUAAGGGCGAAAAUGAUAUUUAUAUGUGGAAUUCGGAGACUUGCUUUAAGGCGUCGAAUUUGCAAGAUGUACAACAUGGCGGCGAUUGUCGCCUGUCCACACAGGUGCUGCCAGGUCACAAGCGUUUCAUGUGGGCUUUGGAGAGCAAUUUCCAUGAUUUCAUAUCGGAGCGUACGGGCUGUAAUGGUGCAUCGAUCGUGUUGCAUCCGGUGGCACGUGAGUGCGAUGAUUGAGCGCAUUCGUUUGAGAGAAAAAAAAAUUCAAAGAAUUAUGAAAUUCUUUAACGCGUUUCUUUCAUACUAACACUUUUCUCGAAUUGCUUCCUUUCUUUCCUGUUCACUUUUACAUUUUUAUUAUCUUGUUUAUUUUAUCUACUCCUUAACCUCUUAGAUUAAGUACAAAAUUUUUAAUAAAAAA